AUGUCUCUUUGCAUGAUACCAAGUGAUGCAGAUCAUGAGGAAGCUGUUGAAUGGAUUACGGUCGGUUUAGAACAGUUGAUAAACUUAUCCAAUGAAAUAUUCGAACGUUUAUCAAAUAGGAUAAAAAAUUUUAGUGAUCAUGCCGAUCGAGUGCAAUUGGAUUUACAACGAGUUGCAAAAAAAAUUGAGCAAAUCAGAACGAUGAAUACUGCAAUUGUAAUUAGUGCACCUAGCAAAUUUAUAAAAAUUGAAAAUGAAUGCCAGCGAAGUAUUUUGGGCAGAGGAUUACCAACAAGUGUAAAUGCUUUGAGAAAGAUUAACAUAAAACAUAGAAAUGGUUUAAAUAAGUCAAAAGAUGUUGCAACAGUUUUGGAUGAAAAGCAAACAUUUUAUCGGUUCACAGAACGAGAAAUGACGCCGAACAAAAAGACCAGACAAAUUCCGGAAAAUUUGCAGUCAGUUGCAGAUUUGUUGCUGUUUAAUACUACUCUGAAUGUCUAUACUGAUGAUCGAUUCAUGGAUCCUUUUGAUAAUGUGAAAGUUGAAUUGCGUGCGGAAUCGGAAUCCAAGAUACAACAACUUGCACCGAUGACUGAUGAUUCAACUUUGGCUGUUAGCGUGAAACAGAAAGCGGAUCCAUUACAAUAUCAGCCAGAAUUUGGUUCAGUUCAGAAUUUCAGUCUUCCAGAAUUAUUAUUCACUUCAACGAGUCUUCUUCCUGAUUCGCAACCUCUUCAGGGAUCAUUAGGAAGGAAUAUAUCGGUUACUGCUGAAUCUCAAGAUAUGCCAAUAAUGCAGAAAGAUAUUAUUGAAGAAAAAACGUCGAUCAAACCGGAAUUAGCCAUAGCAGAAAAUACUAGUAAAUCGAUCUCAGCAAUAAAUGACAAUACCAAAUUCGGUUUGCAGUCUUUUAUUACAGAAACAAACAAAGCGCACGAUUCAUCAUCUGAAGUAGCAAAGCAAAGUAUUGCAAAUUCGGUUGUUUCCAUGAAUGAAACAUCAAAUAAUGAAAAGAAAUCGUCAUCAUUUCCAUCACCACUACCACCACCACCGCCUCCUCCACCACCACCACCACCAGCUCAGCUUACAACUCAAAUCGCAGUUAAUAGUCAGUCGAAAUCAGUAAUUGCUCAUAAUGAUGAUAGAGCUAAUUUAAUGGAUGCUAUACGAAGAGCUGGAGGUGCCAAAGGUGCGAAGCUACGAUCAAUAAGGAAACGGGAAGAAGUUCUUGCUGACGAUGUGUCGGUCUUGCCCAAACGAAAUGUACUUACUUCACCAAGCGAUGAUUUAAUGUCGUCGUUGGCGAAAGCUCUAGAGCAAAGGCGUAAAGGAAUAUUUGGAAAAAAAUCGGGCCAUCAAGAAGCAACAAAAUCAUUAGGAUUAAGUGAAGGAGCAUUUGCACAUAUGAGUGCUCGAAUACCACCCCCACCACCCAAAGAAGAUAGUGAUGAAUAUGAUAAUGUUGAUAAAGUCGAUGAUAAUGAGUGGGAAUGA